CGAAGCUGCAGCUGUUGCUCUCAGGAUGCAGCCUACGGAUUGAGUUUCCAAUUUUGCAAUAACAAAGCUGAGGUAUAAACAAAGCCACAUGUCAGAGUCGGAGGCCGGGCCCGGGACUUCCGGCAACAAAGCCUGCCCUAUAAAUAGCAUAGAAGAGGCUGGGAACAGCAGAGAGAACAGCGCCAGCGCAGCAGAGAUACCCAGGACAAUAGCGCCCAGCACACAGGACCAUGCCUUUCCUAGGACAGGACUGGAGGUCUCCCGGCCAGAACUGGGUGAAGACUGACGACGGCUGGAAACGCUUCCUGGAGGAACACAGCAACUUUGUCAGUGACAUCAACAGCUAUUGCCAUGUGGAGAACUACGUGGAGAACAAUAAGGAGAACCUCAUUACUAACCUCAACUACGACAGCGCCGCCAAGAAGAGAAAGAAGGACCUCCUCAACAACAAUACAAAGACACGAUAUUUCUACCAAGAGAAGUGGAUCUAUGUGCACAAAGGAAGCACCAAAGAGCGUCAUGGGUACUGCACUCUGGGUGAAGCUUUCAACCGCUUGGAUUUCUCCACUGCCAUCUUGGAUUCCCGGAGCUUCAAUUACGUAGUACGACUCUUAGAACUGAUUGCUAAGUCGCAGCUGACGUCCCUGAGCGGCAUCGCCCAGAAGAAUUACAUGAACAUACUGGAGAAGGUGGUGCUGAAAGUUCUUGAAGAUCAGCAGAACAUUCGUCUUAUCAAGGAAUUGCUGCAGACCCUGUACACGUCCCUGUGCACACUGGUGCAGGGGGUGGGCAACACUGUCCUGGUGGGCAACAUUAACUUCUGGGUUCACAGAAUGGAGGCCAUCCUGGACUGGCAGCAGCAGCUCAACAACAUCCAGAUCACCCGGCCCGCGGGUAAAGGAAUGACCUUAACAGAUCUGCCCUUGUGUCUGCAACUGAACAUCAUGCAGAGGUUGGCGGACGGCAGGGAUAUCGUGUGCCUGGGCCAAGUGUCCUCCGAGCUGCAGGUUCUCAGCGAGGACCGUCUGUUGUGGAAAAAGCUCUGUCAUUAUCACUUCACCGAGCGGCAGAUACGCAAGAGGCUCAUCAUGUCAGAUAAGGGGCAUCUUGAUUGGAAGAAGAUGUACUUCAAACUGGUCCGGUGUUACCCCAGAAGAGAGCAGUAUGGGGACACGCUGCAGUUCUGCCGUCACUGUCACAUCUUGUCCUGGAAGGGAACAGAGCACCCCUGCACUGCAAACAACCCAGAGAGCUGCCUGGUUUCCCUGUCACCACAAGAUUUCAUCAAUUUGUUCCGAUUCUGAACCUACUGACCGGGACUUACCAGACUGAACUCCUCGGGGGCUGAGCUUAAGCUGUACAUAGUGUAAAUAUGACACUGAUCGCUGCCUCUGGAAAUGGCGACAUUUAGCGUAAGAGCAUGUGUGUGAAGAAAAGAAGAACCUGGCAGAUCUGGAUCCAAGAAACUGAAUUGGAGGGGCUUCUCUUUAUAUAAAGUGCCCCAGUGAAUGUGGACCCCCAUGAAUGAGGUCAUAACUGAACCAUUAUGGGAUCUACUCCAAAUGGUCCGUUUUUUUUUUACUGUAAUCUACUAGAACCCCCAUCCAGAGAAUUUUUACACUACAGAUAUUUCUACCUCUUCUUCUCCUUGAAUCAACAUAACUCACCCCUCUUAGAAAGGACCGAGCGCUCAGGUGUGAACAGGUGACCAACAAGAGACAUUUCAAAGAAACGUCGCUGGAAAGAAAUUUGGACUUUGCGUCGCCUGUUGUAUUUGUUGCGUGGUUGCUCUCACACUACGUUCUGUGGUUUGGACUGUUGCAUAGCGUUGUAGUGGUAUGCAUUUCCUCGGUGUCUUAACCUAUUUAAAGGGGAAGCUUUGAUUUCCAUAAAGAAGAGUUAUAGAGCACUUUUUUUUAGCACAAAUAGUAUGUAUGUGUUCACACAAGAUGCACUUUUUUACUUUUUUAUAUUGGUUUGUCUGUAAGCACAGGAUAGCAGGUUUAUGUAUAUACAGUAUUUGGAAGGGUUAAAGUUAGGAUGGUUUAACAAAAUGGUCAAUAAUCCACUUUACCAGGGGGGAUUAUCAGUAAAUAGAUAUAGCAGAGGUCCUAUGGCUGAAGGUUGGGUGAGGCCGGGGGUCUGGGGGCUUCAUCCAAGCUUUUCAUUGAUGCAACGACAAGAUAAUGCAAUGGUGUAAUACACCAGACAUUACUAUAAUAUAUAUAUAUAUAUAUAUAUAGAUUAUGUACAAAGCAACUCCAUCUAGUGGUUGGUUGUGAAUCCAGGUAUAGCUUUUGUUCCGGGGCCCAGAGACUCUAGGUUAUGGCUUUGCCCUUGGUCACCCCCAGUCUAAGACAUGUUGGGGCUCUUUGUUUCCUGCAUGUCAUAGUCAUGAGUAUGGUGUGACCUGAGUUCUUCCUCUAGACACCUUCAAUAAUGGUCUCAUUGUAGAUCAGAUUACAGUUCUUCAGGACUCUAGGAGUAGGCAGCGUCCAGACAUUACUGGGGGUGGCUUAUCUUCCAGGAGAACAAAAGGAUCGGCAUUACAAUUCAACAUGCACCGGACAGGGAAGAGUCAGGAGCUCCCUCGACACAUUAGAUCAUCAGCCAG